GCCGGACGCAGGUAGGAGGCACCGAGGCGGCGGGUGGGCGUUUCUCCCGCCUCAUCGCUGGCCCCGGUUUGUCUCCCUGCCCGUAGUGUGGUGGGGUGGUGGACCCCUCGUCUGUUCAGUAAGGAGCAACAAUGGAUUGGCCCCAACGAAGAUGUAGUAGGUGUUGGGAGAAGACAUCUCACCUGAAAUGGAGGUGAUCGAAGGAGCUGAACACCGACAGCACCAACAUGGGGCUGCGACUGCUGGCUUGUCUUUUCCAUUUGCCCACUGCAGUGAUCUACGGGUCUCUGUCGCUCUUUGUUUCCAUUUUGCACAACGUGUUCCUCCUGUACUAUGUGGACACCUUUGUCUCCGUUUACAAGAUUGAUAAACUGUCCUUUUGGAUAGGAGAGACAGUGUUUCUGAUCUGGAACAGCCUCAAUGACCCUCUGUUUGGCUGGCUGAGUGACCGAGUGUUCCUUAGCACACAGCAGGCAGGAGCAGAGAUUUCCUCUCCUGAAGUAGUUCUGAAGAGGCUCAGAGCGCUAAGCCACAAUGGCCCCCUCUUUGCCAUUUCUUUCCUGGCUUUCUGGGUUGCCUGGGCUCAUCCUGGUUUGCAGUUCCUCCUUUGCCUUUGCAUGUACGACAGCUUUCUCACCAUGGUUGACCUCCAUCACAAUGCCUUGCUUGCAGACCUGGCUGUUUCAGCAAAAGACAGGACUAGCCUCAAUUUCUACUGCUCCCUCUUCAGUGCCAUAGGCUCCCUGUCUGUCUUCAUGUCCUAUGCAGUGUGGAACAAGGAGGACUUCUUUUCCUUUCGCAUAUUUUGCAUCCUGCUGGCCCUUUGCUCCAUUGUUGGUUUCACCCUGUCCACGCAGCUGCUCCGCCAGCGGUUUCAGGCUGAUGGGAAAGCGAAAUGGGACCAGGAAUCAACCCUGAAAGAGCUGUACAUUGAGAAACUCUCCGUCCCCCAGGAGAAGAGGAUCACCCUGGCAGAGUAUCUCCAGCAGCUCUCCCGGCAUCGCAACUUCCUUUGGUUUGUCUGCAUGAAUCUCAUCCAGGUUUUUCACUGCCAUUUUAACAGCAACUUCUUCCCUCUGUUCCUGGAGCACCUGCUGUCAGACCAGAUCUCUGUCUCUACUGGAUCCUUCCUGCUUGGUGUUUCCUACAUUGCCCCCCAUCUCAACAACCUCUACUUCCUGUCGCUCUGCCGCCGCUGUGGGGUUUAUGCUGUAGUGCGAGGACUCUUCUUCCUGAAGCUGGCUCUGAGUGUUGUCAUGCUCCUGGCAGGACCUGAUCAGGUGUAUCUACUCUGCAUCUUCAUUGCCAGCAACCGUGUGUUCACAGAAGGGACCUGUAAGUUACUCAACCUGGUGGUCACUGACUUAGUGGAUGAGGACCUAGUCCUGAACCGUAGGAAGCAGGCAGCCUCAGCCCUGCUCUUCGGGAUGGUGGCUCUGGUCACCAAGCCGGGCCAGACCUUCGCCCCCCUGAUCGGCACCUGGCUGCUGUGUGCGUACACAGGCUAUGACAUCUUCCAGCGCAAUCCCCUGAACAACGUGGUGAGUGCCCAGCCGAAGCUGGAGUCUGCCGCGGCCUUGGAGCCAACUCUUCGCCAGGGCUGCUUUUACCUCCUCGUCUUUGUGCCCAUCACAUGCGCCCUGCUGCAGCUCCUCAGCUGGUCACAGUUCAGCCUGCAUGGGAAGCGGCUGCAGAUGGUGAAGGCUCAGCGGCAGAGCCUGACACAAGGCCAAGCACCAGAGGUCAAAACAAUCUAAGGGUGCCUGAGCCCCCAGGAUGCUACUGGUCCCAGGCUGGUGCUGGAGGGCAGGCAAAGGGCAGGGAUGUGGGCUGAGAGAGUCUGAUGUUCACGGUUCAGCUGUGAAAUGCUGUGAUACCAAUGUUUACUCAUUCCAGGUAGUGGUCACUGGGGAAGGCAGAGAGGUUCAGCAUGUGAGGGGCCUGAGAUAGAUGGCUUCAUCUCAGGAGCAAGAACAUUUUAUCCCAGCCUGUCCCAGGGAGCAGAGAGCUGCUCAUUCCACCAAAGAGGUGCUGGGUUGCAAGUAUUUGAAACAGACACAUCCCCAAUGCACUUCUCUGUGUUGGGCAGAGCUCUGGGGAGCCACAGACUCUUCAGCUGAGCAGGAGGAGGCUGCACAGGGAAUCCUUCCUCACUAGAGCCUUGCAGUCUUGGGAGUGGAGUGAGAAGCUCCUGAGGGACCAAGUGACCAGGGGAAUGAUUGCCAAACAGGAGCAGGGGUGAGAGGACCUUGAAGGCCUUUCCCAGUAACUGGUACAAGCCUCCCACUUGCACUGCUGUGGUUCUUGGACCAAAUCCACUCUUAAGCAUUUGUUGUUCCCAGGACAAUAUCCUGCACAGCCAGGAUAUGCUGGGUGUACUGUUUUAUGCUGAGGUUCCCUCCUCUGUGGCCUUGUAGAGGGAGUUGUUGCUGGCCUGGGAAAGGUACCGGGCUUGAAUUGAGCUGUAUCAUUUCACUGGGCAUCUCAUUGCAUGUGUUUAUCCCUCCUCUCCUCUCCACAGCCCCUUAUACUCAAUGCUGUCACACAACAGUACCAUGAGCCCCCUCCCAUUCUGGGCAAGGUCAGAGAACCAACCCCUAAUCCAGAUGCUGGAAGUGCCUCCCUGCCCAGGGCAAUCCCAGGUGACAUGGUGAGGCAGCCUGGCACCCUUCCCUCUUGCAGGAGAGCACAGCCUGGAGGACACCAGGUCUUGCUUUUGUGCCUUCAUUUCCUCUUUGGAGCCUAUCUGACACAGGACUGGGCAGUCAGACGGUUGGGAUUUCACCCCUGUGGGGAGGAGCAGACACCUCAGCUCCUCUGUGCUUGAAACAGUGACCAAGUUAGAUUAUUUCCUGGCUGCUGAGCCAGGGAUCCAAGGAGAGCAGGUGCUUAGGUCUCUGUUUUUGGCUGGUAGCAGAUGGACAGGUAGUCACCACGGGGGUCCCUGAGGCAAGGGAGUGACUCCUCAGUCCCUGUGAUGUGUCUGGGGGCAGGCAGAAGGGAUGUGCCAAAGCCUGUGCCCACCUGCUGCAGGAGGGGGGCUUGGCAGGCAGUGUUUGGAAGCUCUUGCACGUUCUUUGCUUAGUGCCAGGUUCCCUCUGGGGUCUCAGCCCACCAGCCUGCCAUCUUGCCUCAGGACAUGGCUGCCUUCUGUCUUGGACCAAGACAUUCCUGCCGUGAGGCUGCUGUAGUUCUUAAUGGUUCAAUCAUAAGUUAUUUGUGGAACUUCUAACCAGGUUUGAGGAUGAUUCUCCAUUUCAUAAAUUAAAGAUGAUCUUUUUCUGAA